GCGACGCACAGUCGAGUCGUGCUUGAAGGGGUACCUACGUACUUGCUAUAUUUUAUUGCAACUUUGUACAUUCAACUCCUUACAAUACACGACGUUCUUUGUGAGGGAACCUAUCACUGAGUGGUGUGAAGUUCGAUACGCGGAGACUCAGAAGUUAUAUAAUCACACUCCUGGUUUUGUCGAGCUAGAGGCCAAUGACGAGAUUAAAGCCUAUGAUUCAUUACGGCAUCUAGCCCAUUCCGAUAAAGCAUACGCUGGCUUAACGUUUUGUGUUCUGAAACAACGCGAAGUUUUACAAACUACCCUCCGUAAACUCUUACAAUGGGCCCGUGACUCUGAAGUUACUUAUGAAGGGCUAAGUGAGAAAAUAAACGAACACUUUUUAAAUGGUGAGUUUUAUAAGACUUCAUCGGAACUGCUACAACUAGUUUGUGGCCAUCGGGCGGAAGUUGUUCAGAUGAGGAGAGACGGUAUAACAAAUUGUCUACGGGAUCCUUUAACUAAGGUUGCCGUAAAGAAAGUACCCCCCUCCUGCCGCCAUUUGUUUGAAGCUGAAUCACUGACCAAGGUACUUGAAAAAGCUGGUGGCGUCCGGAAAGCUUUCCUGCCCUUGAACAGACAUGGUUUAAAUGCUCCCGCUUCGCAAGCUGGACCGAGCAAGCCUGUACACCACCCCUCGCAGGGGCAGGUGAAUCAAAAUGUACCUUCUCAUGGAUGUUGCGCUUCCGGGCGCAUUUCCCAUACAAACCAACCCUCGCAGGGUUGUUUUCAUUCUCAUCCCUCGCAGGGACAGAGAUAUAAUAACUAUAAUGACAAACGUCAUACAUUUUCGAAUAGCCACAGAGGUUCCUUUCGUCAAAGAGGGGGCCGUCAAGGGAGCAAGACUCUGGACAGUAACAAAGGACAAUUUAACAAUCCGAAACGUCAUUCAACCUCCUCGGAGAACAACUCUAGAGGAAGAAAACACAGUCGGGGUGGAAAUUACUAAGAAGCCCUAGAGGAAAGAAAGUUGACCCGGUUUUUUGGGUAAGCCACUGUAAGGAGCUCCUUCACGACAGGCGUGAAGCAGCAAAGUGUUCUAACUUAUUUGUACAUUUAAGAGGUCAACCUAAAGCUGCAUCUAGGACAGUGAUUGCUGGAUCGGUAAGGACAUUAUUAGCUGAAGCUGGAAUCAUCGCGUCCCCGGGUAGUAUUCGAUCAGCGGUAGCUUCAAAGAACUGGGCUGACAACGUUCCUAUAGACGACAUCCUAUCGCGAGGAAAUUGGAGAUCUGAAAAUACUUUCAGACAUUUUUAUAGACGGGAAAUUAUCAAAGUCCCUGCGCAUUAUGGU